CAGAGAAGAGGGAGGACCCUAGAAAUUAGAAAACUUGCCUUCUUUCCCCAACGGUCCUAAACUCAACGCCACUGUGUGGAAGUUGUUAUUUUAGAGUGUCGAAGACAAAUGCGAACGCGCGAACUGAGUUUCUGCAACCUCAAAUUCGAAAAAAUAGUUCGCGGGUUCUAGCCGCAUCCGCUCUCAAUCUCAAGACCAGCCAUUUACGAUCGCUGGUUCAAUUCAAAGUACUCUUCAGGUUAAUUUUGUAUUCUCACAGUUCAACGUCAAAAUUCGGCUAGUUUCCACAUUUUGUGCCGAUUAGGGUUUUAUAACCCAGUGCUUGUUAUACUUGGAGCUCUGCGUCGGAGUAUUAGGCAAUGGGAGCUUUUAAGUUGGAGCUUCGUUGUCCCCAAAAAGUUGAUGGAAUUGCACUUGACCCUGAGCCUGAUUGGAGCUUCGGAGCUCUACUAUCGGAGAUAGAUGAAUUGGAAAGAAAGAUCAACAGCUCUUCUAAGGUUUCAGUGCCUUUUACUAAAGAAAGACCACGAGAUAUAUCCGAUUCAAAGAGCAAUGGGAGGACUUCUGCUAGCCCAUUUGUUAUGCGUGUCUUCGAAGAUGAGAUGGACAACAUUGACAGUGAAGAUGAGGAGGCUCUGGAUCAAAGUUCUGUGGCAGUUAAACGGUUUAAUUUUGAUGAUCUUUAUCUCAGUGACAGUGAUGACUCUGGUGAUGACUCAUCUCUUGAAGCCCAACCCUGCCUGAUGGAGAAGGGUGAAUCAGGGGAAAGUAGUUUGUUCGAGCUAUCCCGUGAACAUCAGUUCAGAGUGAAGGAAGAAAUCAGGAACCAAAUAUCAGCAUUAGAGACAGAUCUGAAGACUGAAAGUCAAAAGUCCAUUUCUGCAAUCUUUCGAGUUGAGAGAUAUAGAGAAGAAAGAUGUGAAAUGGAAAGAAAACUUGAUACUCAAUAUCAACGCAAUAUAGCAGAAGCACUUAAUAAUCACUUGACUGCUGUCCAGCAAGACCUUGAAGUCAGAUCUCAAAUAGAAGAAAGAAAAAUAAGAAUUGAUGCAGCUUAUGAAGAUGCUAAAAGAAAGGAAAAAGCUCUGCAAGAAGAAAAACUUCGACAAGAACGAGCUAAAGCAGAAGCUGAGGCAAAAAGAGCUGAGGAAGCAAAAAGAGGAGAGGACGCAAAAAAAGCUGCUUUGGAAGCUCAGAGAAGAGCAGCUAAAGAAGCUGCAGAAAGGGAAGCUUCUGAAGCCUCGAAGAGGGCUGAUUCUGGAUCGGCACAAGAAGGAACUUACAGACCUCAGAUAAAUGCUUUGAAUGCUCAAUCCAGCGGAAAACCACCAGCGGCAGGUAAUAUACUCAAGGCUGCAGAAAGUGCUCUGAAUCUAGAGCAGGGGAGACUACAAAAGCUUAAACAGUUUGAUGAUGAAAACCAGGCACUGAGAUUACGCUCCAAAGAGGAUUUCAGGAAGUAUGAGAGGCAAAUUUCUAAGUUGGUUCAGCAAAUUACAGGAACAAAAGACAGUGUCAGACAAAAAGCAGGUGAACUAGUCAAUAUCUUUAAUGAUGCCCGCUGCCCUCAAUCUAUCAGCAUUGCAGCAUUUGCGAAGAAGGAUAUUUCUUGGAGACCAGGUGGAGCCAAUCUUGAGAAGCUUUGUCAUUCCCCAAAAUUUUUAUUCCUGGUUGUCUCCAAUUGUAAAACCCCACGUAAUGCUGCUUUUGCAUGUGGCCAUGUCAUUGUUCUUGUUACUUCAAAGGUUCCGACUGCAAUGGAUCUUAUUCUUGCUGAGUUACACAGAGCUUGCAUCUAUACAGUUCCAAAGCACUAUUCACAGUCCGCAUUUGAAUCAAAGGAGGCAUACUAUAAAGCUAUUGGAUUCCAAGAAGAUGAAGGAAAGAUUGAGAGUGUUGACAAUUAUUUGGCACGAUUAGAGUCAUAUAUGAAACUAUAUGGGGCCUUGGUUCAGACAGAAAUUUAUGGGUUCCAAAAUGUGCAUGGCCUGAAAGAAGGUUGGGCAUGGCUUGCAAGGUUUUUAAAUGCUCUUCCUGCCAACAGAUAUACUGCUGUUGCACUUAACGCAUUCCUACAUAUGGCAGGGUACUCUCUCUUCAAAAAGUACAAAUCUCAAUUCAGGAAGAUGCUGAACAUCAUCUCAGACAACUUCCUGAAUGCACUAAGAGAACGAGGAGAUUCAAAUCUGAACCCAGUCAUUGCAGAAAUCGACGCCUACUUAAAGGACAACAAAUUUCUUCGUGAGCCUGAGGGAAGGAGCCUGGAGGGCUCUUUGCUAUCAGAUGUUUAUGUGCCUGAAUCAGAUUACUACUAAUUGUAUUUGUAUGUAUUUAUAGGUCUUCUGGUCUUGUGUGAUUCCUGGAGAAUGUGUUGAAGAAAGUUUUGCCAAUCAGUCAUGUUGUAAGCCGUCAUGACAUAUUGUACUCUUGGUAGUUAUGAAAAGUGUACAAGGAAGCGUGAAUUUUUAAGGAAGUAAAACCUAGUUAUUGCCAUAAUUUGAACAGGCUUCCCCAUGGGGGAUUUUGUAUUUCGGGGCUUCAUAUUGAUUCUCCACUGACUUAUUUAUCUCC